AGAUGUUGCACUUGCACCGUAUAUUUACUCAAUGCACGUGAGGAAAGAGGUCCUAUAACUUUAUGAGCCAACGCGAAUAGCACGUGUAUUGUAGCCCCAAACCAGAACGAACUCCUUCCUAGCUCCGUCGUCAUCCGCCAACCGUUGUCGUUGGCCACGCGCCGCCGUACGUCUCUCAAAUAUUCCUCCAUCUCCGCCGCCGGCCUUCCGAUCUGUCAUACCAAAUGGCCAACAGAGUUCAAAUUCCUACCAACAAUUCAGCACUUAUUGCCAUGAUUGCAGAUGAGGAUACUGUAGUUGGGUUUCUGUUGGCUGGAGUGGGAAAUGUUGACUUACGUAGGAAGACAAAUUACCUCAUUGUGGAUUCAAAAACAACAGUCAAACAAAUUGAGGAUGCAUUCAAAGAAUUCACUACAAGGGAGGAUGUUGCAAUUGUACUGAUUAGCCAAUAUGUUGCAAAUAUGAUACGGUUUUUGGUUGAUAGUUAUAACAAGCCUAUUCCUGCAAUACUUGAAAUCCCUUCUAAAGACCAUCCUUAUGAUCCUGCAAAUGAUUCAGUUCUUUCACGAGUAAAGUAUCUCUUUUCUUCCGAAUCGGUGGCAUCUGGGAGACGCUAAAUUCACCCUUUUCAGUUACAGCUGCGGUUGUUCAUUGUUUUUCUUUGUACAUUAUGUUUAAUAAUCAUUUCUUAAAAUUCAUGUUCUAUGUAGCUUAAAUAAUUUCUGCUGUAUGCUGUUAUUUUAAAAAUCCUCUCAUAGAACUUCAAGAUGGGCGAAUAUUUUACAGUGUCAUGUCAGACUCAGAUGAAAGAUUCAUAUGAAAUAUGCGCUUAUGUCAUCCCUCUCUGACUAAUUUCAACCGUCUGAUUGAAGUUUGCA